AUGCCCCCCAAAAAACGUACUGGCGAAAAUAAUGUGUCUAAAAAAUCUUUCACUUUGAUAUGGUGGGUUGAAGAAGGAAGUAAAGACAUAAUACCAGCAUCAAAGUUACCCCGUAAAAACCGUACAAUCGGUUCUAUAGUAAAAUUGAAGUGGGAAACUUUCCAAAAAAAAAAAGUAGAAUUACAUGAUGCAAAAAUUAUUGCAUUUGACACUAAUUAUGAGAAGUUAAAUAAUAUAUUACUCGAUGAUAAAGGCAAUAUUCUUCAAAGAAUAAAUAGUCUUGAAGAUGAAUUAUCAACUACUCCAUCUUUGUUUGAAAGACUUCAGUCAAACAUAAAAUCAUCUAAAUUGCCAGUUUCGAAAGUAAGUGCUGGUCCGGUUGUUACAAACGUUGAAGUGAUUGGUAAUUCUAUGAUUUUGGAUGAGUCUCAAUCAUUACGCAAUACUCAAAGCAAAGUGAGCUCUUCUUCGAACAAUCGGGAAUUUCAGUUGAUUGACUAUUCUAAAGUAAACUAUGACGUGUCAACUAUAGAACCACUUGAUUUUUCAAAAGCCAAUGAAACUGUAUUUUCAACUACAACUGCUGAUAAUAAUUCAACAAUUGAGAAAUCUGGUACACCAGGUACUCCUGAAAAAAUAACUGAUGAACAAUCUCUUCUUGAAAAAACAACUGGUUUACAAUCUACACAAGAAGAUAUAACUGGCGCAGCAUCUACCUUUUCUGGAGAAACAAUUAUGAAUGAUGGAAUCGAAGUGAAGAGAAUUGAAGAUAUUGAGGCGCAUGAUAUUAGUAUUGGAGCACUGCAUACAUUUAUGCCUAAUGAUUUUACUGAAGAUGAUGUUCGGAGUUUUCUUAAAGUUUACGCUGGUCUUGAAGAUGCACAUAAGUACCAAAGUAAAAAUAAUGCCAAGUUAUGUGUAACUACUCAGAUACCAAAUGAUUUUUCUGCGCCCGGAGAUAACAAGGUUUUAUUUAACAUAUCUUUAUAUUAA